AUUCACUUUUGUUCCACACGCCUACGCCUACGACGAUUCGCAUUGGAUUGUUUUGAAUUUUAACGGUUUACGCGGUAUAUAUUUUCUAUGGGUUUACGACCACCGAACAACCGAAUACCGAACUAAUUCAGAUUGUAGUUAGAGCCCUAUAUCUAUAAUUUAUUACGGUCUGCACUCUACGCCCUGUGGUGUCAAAAACAAGUUCAGCAACUGAAUAGUAAACUAUUUUUUUAUAGUAAGUAUACUACCGUCUACCACAACCAUAGAGUAUUACUCUAUGACCACAACUUACAAGUUUACAACAACACUACCGGGCAUGCACAACUGCAAGUGAUAACUGUUUAUUGUUUACUGUUUAGUGCUAAGUGCAUAACACAUUACACAAGCCUGGCGGCCGACACCAGUUCGUCGUGACCUGUAGUUCCGUACACCCAUUGGUUUCUCGUCGCGUCCGCUUUUCGGAUCAUUCGGUUCCGAUUUAUUUUUCAUCCUUUUCCAACGAGAGUAUACCGGCAUCGAUAGAUACUCAUUUCUGUCGUCAUGAUGCGCCGGCGGUUAAGUUUCAUCGGUAGUGGAGAGUGUUACGAACCAGGCGCACUCACCGAGUGCAUCGUCGAGUCUGAUCUACAGCGACAGAUACGUGACAGGUUCGAUGAAGAGUGCCCAUAUUCGUUGACCAGGAAGUCUGUGCGGAACAGCCCCCGGGCGCGGAACUGCAACUCUCAAGUAUGGCAGGUGGCUGUCAACACGGUAGCUAAGAAGCGUGACACACUCAGGCGCAGUGUCAGCUCGGUGUUCAGGUCGAUGAACAAACUCAGGACUGGAUUCAAAGUGGCCGCGCAGAAAUUACGACCAUCAACUAGACGUCGUUUUAAAUUGGAUGAGUCGCCUCUAACUCCCAACACGCCCAGAACCCGGUCUAAGUGUUUGUUGGGCAGAACGCCCACCAAGAUGUACAGUCCUUUUGCCAUUGAUACACCACCGUCGUUGCGUAGGCGAUUUGCUUACAGAAGAAAUAAAAAUAUUGACACUGAAAGCAAUAAGUCAGUAAAUGGGAAAAGUGAAUCUAACAGUUGUGAAACAACAAAUAAUGAAAAUCAGCAACCAACAAUCAAUUUAAAUAAAGAAAAUGAAAAUUAUGGAAGCUUAAUAUAAGUAUUAAUUUCUAAAAGAGUACUGCACAAAACGGUAUUUUUUGCAGAAAACUAGAUAUUAAAAGUAUACUGAUUGUAUACUGGCUAUGUUAUUUUUGCAUAACACAUUUAAAGUAUUAUUUUUUUACUAUCUAUUUUAAUUUUUAAAUAUUUAAAUUAAUGUUCCUUUCCAGUAUAAUUAGAAAUCAUGGCAAUUAUAUUUUUGUA